AUGGACUCGACCCUCGAAGAUAUUGCCAGAGACACUUAUCUGAAGAAAGGCUUUGGAAUCUCGUUUGGCCCAUACAUUGUAGGGUUCGGUUUAGAUCUCUUCCUCUUGGGAUUUAUCAUACACCAGAUUUACACUUAUGCCAAUACCUCCAAAGGAGAUAGAUUGUGGUCAAAGUUGGUGGUGUACUGGUGCUUGAUCCUAUCGAUGGCUGCUACUGGAUACCUCUUUAGUUGGAUGUUCAGAUUAUUCGUGUAUAACUAUGGUACAUAUACCAAUUUUUACUUGAUUGAUAGUUUUUCUUGGUUUGUGCUAUUUGACAUUUUGACCACUACGGUCGUACAAUUUGUGUAUCUGGAGAGAGCUUGGCGACUGAACAACAAAUCAUACCUAUUAGGUUUGCCAACUCUGCUGAUCAUGGCAGCCUCUGUAGCAUCAGGGCUAUUGAUGAAGAUCACUUCUUCUCGUUUGAACACCGUCGAAGGUGAAAGUAGAUACUGGAUCGCCAUUUACGUAUGGCCUCAGUUGAGCACCGUCAUGGCUGCAGACCUAGCAUUGACGGUAUCCAUCGUUCAUGGCUUGAGAAAGGCAAAGACCGGUUGGCAACACACUAACAAGAUCAUUACUAGAGUUAUGAGGAUGUCAGCGGAGAUUCAACUACCUGCGACACUUGUCUCCACUGUUUUCGUUGUGGUCAUCAGUGUUCAAUCGAUCUGCUCGAUCGAGGUGAUUUGUCAACUUAUUCAACCAAAAGUUCAUGUCUUUGGGCUACUCGCGAUGCUCAACUCAAGGUCAUCACUUCGAAACCAGAUGAGCUCUUUACAAGGUCUAUCGUACCAAGACAAGAACUCCUUCCGGCUGAGACGGACCGACGACACAGCCUCCUCCGGAGCUUAUGCGAACAGCGAGACUGCCCUGGUAAAGUCAGCAGCGGAGGACACGGAAAGGGGAGAACGAGGAUGA